CUUCUCCCAGCAGCCACUAUAACAGCACCCAAUUUAUCAUAAAUAACAACUUCUUCUUACAGCUUCUUAACAAGUGAAGGUACAGAGACUUUUCUCCAAUCUUCACCAUUGUUAAUCAAUGCUACUUGCAAAAUUAAUUGAGUAUAAAGUACUCUUGACAAUAUUAGCAUUUAUAUUAGUUCUUGUGAAUUGUGAUGAGUCUUCUGUGAAGCCAUCGUUUGGGGAGGCAUCUGGAACCAUAAAUGGGCUUAAGAACUGUCCUAGAUGCAACAAGGGUCCGCGUAAAAAUUUUAACCCCCGAUGCUGUGGCAGGGCCGUUUCUGACUACUUCCAGAACGAUCAGUUUGAGAAGAUGUUCUCAAACCGUAACUCCCUUGAGGCCCAUGCAAAGGGCUUCUGGGACUACCACUCUUUUAUCACUGCCUCUGCUCACUUCCAGCCGUAUGGCUUUGGUACUACCUACAUCAACUGGAACUUCAUGGGAACCAAGGAAAUCGCUGCUUUUCUUGCCCAUGUUGGCACCAAAACCUCCUGUGGACAUAAAGUGGCAACCAAGGAACAAUUAGCCUGGGGUUUAUGCUAUAAUAAGGAAAUGAAUUCCAACUCAGAUUACUGUAAUGAGCACUACAAAAAUGCUUAUCCAUGUGCUUCUGGAGUUGCAUAUUAUGGUCGGGGUGCUCUACCUAUCUAUUGGAACUACAAUUACGGAGAAGCAGGUAAAGAUUUGAAAGUAGAUUUGUUGAACCAUCCAGAAUACAUUGAACAAAAUUCCACCUUGGCAUUCCAAGUUGCAAUUUGGAGGUGGAUGAAACCAAUUAAAGAGCAUCAACCUUCAGCACAUGAUGUCUUUAUUGGUUAUUGGACUCCCACCAAGAAUGACACUAUAGCAAAGAGAGUCUCUGGUUUUGGUGCUACCAUGAAUGUGCUCUAUGGAGAUCUUCUUUGUGGUAAAGGCGAUAAUGAGUCCAUGAACAACAUCAUCUCCCAUUACCUAUAUUACCUUGAUCUUAUGGGUGUUGGCCGAGAAGAAGCAGGGCCUCAUGAUGUGCUUAGUUGUGCUAAGCAAGUUGUUUUCAAUCCAUCCUAUUCCUCAUCUCCUUGAGCUUUGUUUGGUAUUAAUACUUAAUAGUAUGUCCCUUGUUGAGCUAAUCUUUUUGUAAUGUCAUUAAUAAGAAAAAAGAACUGUUCAAACAUGAAGGGAGUAAGAGUUUGUUUAAACUAUUUGUGCGUCUUCCCGUGAUGCUAAACUUGCUUGGAGAAUAAGAGUUCGUAUUUAGUGAUUGGCUUUUGCUA